AUGGACGACAAACGCCGGGUCUCUGACGGCACUUGGGGCGAGCAUGCCCCGGGCGAUGUCUCCGUGUCGGCUGCCAUGUCUGAAUAUCACGAUCUCAACCGCGAGCUUACACACCGUUCCCGGAGAACCACGACCAACCACAGCGCGGACCGCAACAGCGACUCGACACGCUGCCCCGAAGACGACGGAGACGAGACCGACUUUGACCUUCCGGAUUUUCUGCGCCAGGGCAUCCUCGAUCCUAGGACACCCACCGGUGGCCCGACCAAGCGUCUCGGCAUCUCCUUUCGCAAUCUCACCGUUCGUGCGCCGGCCGCCAACUCGGCGCCGCUCAAGACGCUGCCUCGCGCCAUCCUCAACACAUUUGGGCCCGACCUGUGGUCCUUGAUCAGCACGCACCUGCCGUCAUCUAUCAAGCCCGGCAAGGCAUCGGAUUUGGAGACGGUGCCCCUUAUCCAUGACAUGACGGGUGCUGUCCGGCCUGGCGAGAUUCUCCUCGUACUCGGGCGUCCUGGCUCGGGCUGUUCGACGCUGCUCAAAACGCUCGCCAACCAUCGGGCUGAAUACUCGGCCGUCGACGGCGAGGUGUACUAUGGACCCCUCCCGGCCGCCGAACAGGAGGCACGCUUCAGGGGCGAGGUUGUCUACUGCGAGGAGGACGACCGACACUUUCCUACUCUCACGGUCUGGCAGACGCUCUGGUUUGCUCUCGCCACCAAGACGAGGCGGCGGGCUGCGUGGACCAUUCCCGUCGUUCUCGACGCCUUUCUCGCCAUGUUUGGCAUUGACCACACGCGUGACACGCUCGUGGGAGACGAGCACGUCCGAGGCGUCUCGGGGGGCGAACGCAAGCGUGUGUCCCUGGCCGAGACGCUCGCCACGAGAGCUUCGGUCGUGUGCUGGGACAACUCGACGAGGGGCCUCGAUGCCAGCACGGCGCUAAGCUUUGCCAAGUCCUUGCGCGUCUACACCGACGUGGGCGGUCGCACGACUCUGGUCACCUUGUACCAGGCCGGCGAGUCCAUCUACGAGCUCAUGGACAAGGUGCUCGUCAUCGACGAGGGCCGCAUGCUGUUCCACGGCCGCGCCGACGAGGCCCAGGCCUACUUUGAGGGUCUCGGCUACUGGCGCCCGCCGCGCCAGACGACGGCCGACUUUCUCACGUCCAUCGCCGACCGCAACGCUCGGCACUUUCAGGAGGGCCGCGAGGCCACGGCGCCCAAGACCCCCGAGGCGCUCGAAGCCGCGUUCCGCGCGAGCGAGCACUACCAGCGCCUCCUCGAAGACGUCGACCUCUACGACCGCGAGCACCGCGCCGCGUCGGACCCCGACGAAAAGCACAAGAGGUUCGAGGACGCCGUCCAGGGCGCCAAGAGCAAGCACGUCAAGAACGAGUCCCCCUACACCGUGUCGGUGCCGCGCCAGAUCGCCGCCGCGACGCGCCGGCAGGCGUGGCUCUUCUGGGGCGACCUCGGCACCUUCUACACCAAGCUCGCCAUCAUUGUCGUCAACGCCCUCAUCGUCGGGUCGCUCUUUUACGAGAGCGAGUCCGGCGCCACGUCGGCGGCGUUCUCCAUGUCGAGCGCCAUGUUCUUCUCCGUCGCCUUCAUCGGCUGGCUCGAGUUUGCCGUGCUGGCGCCCGCCAUCAUGGGCCGCGCCACCAUUGAGAGGCAGAGGCAGUUUGCGCUGUACAGGCCGUCGGCUGUCGUGCUGGCGCGCGCCGUGCUCGAUCUGCCGCUCAUCUUCGUCAUGGUCGUCGUCUUCAGCCUGCCGUUUUACUUCCUGGCCAAGUUUGACGUCGAGGCGGGCAAGUUCUUCAUUUACAUGCUGCUCGUCUAUGUGGCGACGCUGUGCCUGACCACCAUGUACCGCAUGUUUGCCGCUCUCUCGUCGACGGUUGAUGAUGCCAUUCGCUUCGUCAGUGUUUUCCUCAACAUCAUGUUUAUCCUCACGGGCUAUGUCAUCCCCCGGUCGACCCUCAUGAGCGACUCGCCCUGGUUCGGCUGGUUCUCGUACGUCAACCCUGUGGCCUACGGCUACGAGGCCCUGCUGGGCAACGAGUUUGGUGGCCGUGAGCUGCGGUGCAGCGAGAGCAACCUCGUGCCGAGGGGGCCUGGCGCCGACGCCGACUACCAGGGAUGCACCCUGCCCGGGUCGACCUUUGGCAGUUCGACCGUGUCUGGCGAGGCCUACCUUCAGACGUCCUUUGACUUCUCCCGUUCCAAUUUGUGGCGCAACUUUGGCAUCAUGCUCGCUUUCACCGCCUUCUUCCUCCUCGUCAACGUCUGGGCUGUCGAAAAGGUCCGCUUCACCGGCUCCAGCGCGCACUCGCUCGUCUUUGCCAAGCCAUCCGAGACCAAGGAAGAGACAUCGGCCGAGCAGCAAAAGGCGGAUGAGACCCUCGACAAGAUUGGCGACGGCACGAGCGUCUUCACAUUCAAGGACAUUCGGUACACGGUCCCCUACGGCACCGGCCACCGCCGGCUUCUCAACGGCGUCAACGGAUACGCGGCGCCUGGAAAGAUGGUGGCCCUCAUGGGGUCGUCCGGCGCCGGCAAGACGACGCUCCUCAACACGCUCGCACAGCGCCAGCGCAUUGGAGUCGUGUCGGGUGACAUUCUCGUCAACGGCGUCGUCCCGGGCGCUGCCUUUAAGCGCGGCACCGGAUUCUGCGAGCAGCGCGACAUUCACGAGGGGUCUUCGACGGUCCGCGAGGCGCUCGACUUCUCGGCGCUGCUGCGACAGGAGAAGCACAUUCCCAAGGCCGAAAAGCUUGCCUAUGUCGAUCGCAUUGUGCGGCUGCUCGAGCUCGACGGCCUCUCGCACGCGCUCAUCUCGUCCCUGACUGUCGAGCAGCGCAAGCGCGUGACCAUUGGCGUCGAGCUCGCCGCCCGUCCCAGUCUCCUGCUGUUCCUCGAUGAGCCCACGAGCGGCCUCGACAGCCAGUCUGCCUUUUCCAUCGUCCGCUUCCUGCGCCGCCUGGCCGACGCUGGUCAGGCUAUCAUCUGCACCAUCCACCAGCCGUCGUCUGACCUCAUCGAGCAGUUUGACAUGAUCCUCGCGCUCAACCGCGGUGGCAACACGUUCUACUUUGGUCCUGUGGGCGAAAACGGGUCUGUUGUGAUUGACUACUUUGCCCGCCGCGGGUUUCCCUGCCCACCGAGCCGCAAUGUCGCCGAGUUCAUCCUGGAGACGGCAUCCCGGCCUUCGACGAAUGCCGAGGGCGUUCGUGUUAACUGGGACGCCGAGUGGCUCGUGUCAGAGGAGAACCGCGGCGUGAUUGACUACAUCGACCGCGUGACGGCCGAGAGGCGGCACGAGGCACCCUCGACGGAAGCAGACGCGCAGUUCGCCGCCUCUACGCUCGAACAGUGCCGACUCCUCAUCCAGCGCACCUUUAUCAAGCAGUGGCGCGAGCCGUCGUACGUCUACGGCCGGCUGUUCGUGCACGUCGUCAUGGGCAUCCUCAACGGCUUCACCUUUUGGCAGCAGGGCAACGACGUGGCGUCGCUGCAGAACCGCAUGUUCACGGCCAUCAUCUUUGCGUUUUUCCUGCCGCCGGCCGUCGUCAACUCGGUCGUCGUCAACUUCUUCCGCCACCGCGAGCUCUGGGAGGACCGCGAGCUGCCGAGCGCCACGUACGGCUGGGUCGCCUUUUGCACGGCCAAUGUCGUCUGCGAGCUGCCCAUGGCCGUCGUCUCGGGCACGCUGUACUGGCUGCUGUGGUACCUGCCUGUCGGCUUUUCGGCCGAGGCCUCUACGUCGGGCUAUGUCUAUCUCAUGACCAUCAUGUGGUCCUUUUUCCAGACGAGCUGGGGACAGUGGAUUGCCGCUUUUGGGCCGACCUACGGUAUGAUCUCCAAUAUCCUCCCCUUCUUCUUUGUCAUGAUCGCCCUCUUCAACGGCAUCUUCACACCGUACUCUGCCAUGCCCGCCUUUUGGAAGUACUGGAUGUACUACGUCAACCCGUCGACCUGGUUCGCGCGCGGCGUCCUCUCGGCCGUCCUCCCCGCCGUCGCCGUCCGCUGUGCCCCCGCCGAGCUCGCCCGCUUCGACCCCCCGCCGGGCGCCACGUGCGGCGCGUACGCCAGCGGCUUCGUCGCGACCGUCGCCGGCGCCGGCUACCUCGAGGACCCGUCGGCGACGUCCGACUGCGGCUUCUGCCCGUACAACGACGGCGGCGAGUACAUGGCCAGCCUCAACGUGCGGGCGGGCGACAAGUGGCCUGCCUUCGGCAUCAUGGUGGCGUUUGCCGUGGCCAACUGGGCGCUCGUGUACCUGUUUGUGUACGCCGUCCGGGUCAGGGGGUGGACCUUUGGGCUCGGGGCCGUGUCGGAGCGUGUGGCGGCUGUGAAGGCGCGUGUCGGAGCCGGAAGGGGCCGGGAGGGAGAGGAGAAGUCGGAGCAGGCUUGA